CAAAGCGUCCUGUUAUGCAACUACUGACCUACUAACAUACAUUUUGAGACAGAGAGCGAGAGGGAGAGAGAGGGAGGGAAAACUGGAGCAAGUUAUCAACAUAGCACGAGGGAUUCAAAGUAAAACAGGAGACGGGGGAUCCAUGGACACAUUGAGACGCUAAGCACUGAACGAGGAACAGCACGACGGAGCGCUACGUUUCGAUGCAAACUCGGGACACAAAUACGUACGGUAAAGAACGAAGAUAAAGCAGAGGAACACUGGAUCUUUAACGUCACGACACCAAGGCUUUUGUCUCGACGGCAGCUGGAGAGAGGCCGUGCCGCUGGGAACGGGCGCGUCGAGUGUGACCGGGUGACCUACAUCCUGUUCAGAGCCGCGAGCGCUAAACCACAUCCUGGGCAGCGGAGGAUCUCUCAGAAAGAUCAGAAAGAAAAACAAACAGGGGGGAGAGAGAGAGAGAAUAAUUCCCCAACAGUGCCCCUCCGCAUUCUCCGGACUUCAGGAAUUCCUCUGACCCUCUUUUUCCACCGUGAGAAACGGACCGGCGUGUGGAAAGAGGGAGCAGUCAGGCAGUCGACUCAUCUGUCUUUCUACAUUUUUCCACGGCUUGCCAGGGACAGAUUUCCAAACCUGUUAGUUUGGAGUUUCACCUCUUCCUGAUCUUUUUAGCGAAACUUGGGACUUUUUGGUGACUAAAAAAACACCUAAGAAAUCCCCACGACACUUACAUUUAAAAAAAAAAAAUUUGUUUCUGAGGAUUCUGGUUUUUUUUUUCCCCGAUGGUUGCCGUGGAGACGCGCUCUGAACCAGCCCAACCACGACAAUGGAAAGCCUGAGCGAUCAAUCCCCGACGACGACGACCGGCCCGCCCAAAAGCUCGGAGAGCUUCCCCGCGUUCGGCGAGGCCCCCGCGCCCCAGGACCAGGACGACGGCCCCGCCAAGCGGCCGUCCAAAGCCAAGCCCGGCAGCAGCAUGAGCUGCCGCCGCAAGCGCGAGUUCAUCUCGGACGAGAAGAAGGACGCCUCCUACUGGGAGAAGCGCCGCAAGAACAACGAGGCGGCCAAGCGCUCGCGGGAGAAGCGCCGCAUCAACGACAUGGUGCUGGAGAACCGCGUGAUGGCGCUGAACGACGAGAACGUGCGGCUGAAGACGGAGCUGCUGCAGCUCAAGCUGCGCUUCGGCCUGAUCAGCGCCGCCGCGUACGUGGAGAAGAGCCAGCAGCUCGGCGCCGCGGCGGGGGCGGGCGGGGCCGCGGGGGCCGGCGGCGGCGGCUCGUCCUCCAGCCUGUACUUCUCCAGCGGCUACUCCAGCGGCUCGCAGGUGCUGAUGAACUCCGACUCGGAGGGGGAGCAGGGCGAGGGCCGCGGCCCGCUGGCCAAGUACUCGCCGCGCGGCUCCGUGUCCGACAUGUCGGACGCCUCGUCCCGCGACAGCCCCGAGCCGCCGGGCUACGAGAUCAAGAGCGAGCGGCCGGAGGGGCCGGAGGGCCCCGAGGGGCUGGGGCUGGACAUGGAGGUGACCGGGUGCCCCUCGGCGGUCCAGGCCAUGUUCGGCGUCCACUGCGCCCUGGGCCACCUGGAGCCCCCGUCCCACCACCGCCACGCCGCCGCCCCGGAGGUGAAGCCGGAGUACCGGCCGCGGGAGAGCGCCCCGGCGGGCGCCGCCCAGCGGAGCGUCAUCCUGUACCGCUCGAGUGGCGGGGCCGGCCCCGCCCCGCAGGACCCCGCCCCGCAGGACCCCGCCCCGCGCCGCCCGGCCAGCGCCGAGACCCUGGCGGAGGUCACCAAGCAGCUGGAGCGGAAGACGCUCGACUCGCCGCCCUACGAGCGAGACUACGGCGUGGCCCGGUGCCACGACGACCGCAAGAUGGACGCCGGCCCCGCGCCGGCCCUCCUGCACCACAGCUACGAGGAGGGCGUGGCCCGGCCGUACCGCGCCCACCUGGCCUACCUCAGCCCGCAGGACGAGGAGCCCCCCGUGCUCACCUACGAGGGGGGCCCCCGCGUGCCGGACGAGGGGUACUACCGGGACCACUCGACCUCGGGCAAGGACACGUCCUCCAGCGACGGGGACCCCCGGAGCUCCGACAAGGACGCGUCCACCGACGACGAGUCCUCGCCGUCCUCCUCCUCCUCCUGCUCCGAACUGGGCGGCUACCGCCAGCGUCUCCCCGGGUGCCUGGCCCCCGCGGCGUCCGCCGGGCCCGCCCUCCUCAGGGAGGCGCCCGCGGAGGUCAAGGGCACGGCGCUGCCCCACAAACUCCGGCUCAAGCACCGGGCGCUGAGCGUGGGGGGCGGCGACGCCUCAUCCCCGCCGGCCGCCCUGUCCCCCGUGGCCCCCGCCCUGCCCCAGCACCCCUACCUGGCCCUCACCCACGUGGGCCAGCACGUCGGCGGGGGCGCCUACAAGGACCCGGAGGAGGAGGAGGAGGAGGAGGACGGCCGCUCCCCCGUGGGGUUCUGCCGAGUGGGAGAGGACGGUCGCAAGGACUACGGCCGGAACGGCCGGAACAAGAGGAGAGACUGAGAGAGAGGGAGAGAGGGAGGGAGAGAGAGAGGGAGAGAGGGAGAGAGACACUCGACUGACUUUUUGUGAGGCUGGAGGGAUGCAAUCUGUCCAAUAGAUCAGUCUGAUUGUAGACGCUCCCCCCCCCCCACUAUCCUGUGUCUCUCUAGAUAUCCUGUGGCCCCAGGGUCAGACCACCAUGAUUAUUAUACCUCUACACCCCCCCACCCCGCCCCCAGAUCCCAGAAACAGGACGUAACGAAUCCUCCGGAUUCCUGGGUGCACUGUCUUACACAACGUUGUACAGAGAAUGUAAUGUUUUUGCUGCCUCCUCUUGAGAGCUACAGGACAGAUUGUGGUCGAGGGCACGCCGACGAGGGGGUGAACAGAACCCUCCCCCCGUCAGUCUCUUUUCUACCGCUUUUUUUUCUUUAUUUUGUAAAAUAUGAUGUCAGAUGUAAAACAGGACGAACGUGAGGUUUGAGCAGCGUUACGGCUGGUGACUUUACAAAAAAAAAAAAAAAAAAAAGUCUGUUACUGAAUGGCACACUUCUCUUUCCCGUGAGGUGUGAACUCCAAAGUACUGCAGAUAAGGUGCAUGGCCCUUCUUGACCCGGACUGAUAGGGUGGCCUGCAGACACACAGCGGACCCCACGGCAUUAUGGGAACUUUUCACUUGACCAAAGAAAAGACACUCUACUCAAAAGAGUUCCAUAUCUCUUUCCUCAUUUACAUCAAUCUUCCUUUGCCCUUUAUCCUGUUCCACCCUCUAUUUUUCAAGCACUUGGUUUGUAUAUUACUGUGAUAUAUAAAUAUACAUAUUAUAUAUAAAUAUAUAUUUUAUGAUGAAAACAAAAAAAUUACAAGCAAAAAAAAAUUUUCAUACAAAAGAAAAGAAAAGAAAAACAGGACAAGAAAAAAAAGCUGAACUGUUAAGGAGAGGAGUGGAUAAAGAAUGCUUUUCAGGCCUGUCGAUGUCAAUUACUGUAUAGUCCUACCUUGUCUGCUAAUGGCACUUAAAUUAAGUUCUUUAUUCUGAGUUUUAAGUUUAUAUUUUCAUUAUGUGUAUGUGUUUUUUUGUGUUUUUUUUUUACCUGUAUGAACCACAGUUUGUAAAGCGAUUAGCUCGCCUUUUUCUUCGUGCCCCGAAACGCUCCAACGCCGACUGUCGCGCGGUCAGAGAGGUAUAUGUUUGUUUGUGAACGGCACGAUGUGAUAAACAUCACUUCUCACUUUGAUCGUGACUGGUACUCCCGCUCAUAACAGCCCUUUCUGGUAGUGGGAGAGAGAGAGUACGUAAAGGAAUAAAUGAGGUAAAAACAUCGGCUCUUUCGCAGUGAGGAGAACACAUGGCGUUGCUGCGUUACCAGUAAUUCUGAGAUACUGCCGCUUUCCGUGACGCCAGUCUUGCGCUGCUUCCCGGCUUUAAUCCCAGACGGGCUCUUCUGUUACACGUACGCACAGCUGCGGACAAAGACGACACAACACUAUGAGUCAACAAGAAAUCCCAAAGCAUAAUGAUCAACAACACGACGAGAGGCAAAAUGUAAAACUAAAUAAUUUUGUUUGCCCGUUUUGAAAUGUGUUAGGAGCGCAGUUAGGCUUGAGGGGGGUUGCGUUGUAGAUAAAGGAACAUCACACCAGCAGCGAGAUGACGCGGAAGCAACAGCACAGGCCUGUGACAGACGUUUCGGUCAAAACUUUAUUCUCCAACCGCCAACAGGACAACAGAAAGAACGAAGUUGGUUUGCGUCCAGUUCCUUAGCGUGAAGUCAGCUCCUCGCUGGAGGGCAGGGAUGGCCGGAGGUAACUGACAUCACUGCCCUUCAGCGAGGAAAACCAAAAAGGGUUAAAAACCGAUCGGACAGGCCAACCCCCCCCCCCCCCCCCCACUUCCAACAGCCCCCAGGCAACACGUGCCGCGACCUUCCAGGUCCGGCAAUACACUCCCAUUAAAUCUUUCCGUUUCGAACGCUAGGCAAUGAGCCCAAGCUACGAAGAGUACGGUUUAUAAAGUCAAUGUAAAAUAUUUUAUGUUUCCGGGGUGCCUACCAUUCUUAGCAGUUGUGUAUAAACGUAGUUUAAAAGUUAUUUUGUUUCUCUCUUGGACAAUGUUGUAAUGUUUUAUUCUAUUAUUUUAUUGCGGCCUCCCUUUAAACAAAAAAAAAAAAUGAAACGGGAAACGUUGCUGUUUUCGGUUGCUGUGUCUCCUCGAUUGUGAUAAACACGUGCGUAUUCUCCCGUCCUCGCCUCUAUCCUUUGUGUACUCAGCAGUGAUGUGCGUUUUCUGUUUUUGCUGACGAGUUUAAGAAGAAAAAAAAAAAAAACAAAAAAAAAAAACUUACAGGGUUAAAGUCUGCUUUGUCUGAUGUGAAGGAGCUGGUGGCUUUGAUGCUGCCUCCCCCCCCCCCCCCCCCCCACCCCACCCCGUUAAAGAUGGGUAUGUAAGUAAAGCCACUAAUGUUUGUUAUGGAAAAUGCGUGCAUAAAAAAAAUGGCAAGAAAAAAAAUAAAAAUAAAAUAAAAUGUUGAAUUUUUCAAAAAUUA